CACUUCACCUCCUCCACGCAACGACCACACACCAUGGCCCCCGCCUCGCCUCCGCCCCCACCACCGCCGACAAAGCCUGCAGAGAAACCAGCGUCGUCGUCCAAGGCCCCCGAUGCAGAGCUAGAGCAGCUCCUGUCCCGCGAGGCGUCUGCAUUCCAGCGCGAGAUGGAGGUCGAGCGCAUCCUCAACGCGUUCAAGCUCAACCCCUACGACAUUCUCGACCUCCAGACGUCCGCAACACAAGAAGAGAUCAAGAGGCGCUACCGCCAGCUCUCGCUCUUCAUCCACCCCGAUAAGACACCACACGAACGCGCCCCAGAGGCCUUCGACCUCCUCAAAAAGGCCGAAUCCGAGCUCGGCGACGCCGCAAAGCGCGAGACGCUCGACGCGACGAUCAUCGAGGCGCGGAUCCAGGUCCUGCGCGACCUCGAGCUCCCCGCAGCGCUUCCGGACGGCGACGUGCGUCUCCGUGCGCCGUCGAUUCAGCCACCGUUCAAGGACCGGCUGCGCCAGAAGAGCAAGGAGCUGUUGAUCGAGGAGGAGGUUAGGAGGCGCAAGGCAAUCAAGAUGAACCUUGCGAACGAGGGCCUCGAGGCGCGUAAGAAAGAGGAGGAGGUUGCUUCGAGGAAGCGAAAGGCCGAGGAGGACAAGGCAUGGGAAGAGUCGCGCGACCAGCGAGUCGGCAGCUGGCGUAACUUCGCGAGCGGGGGCAAGAAGAAGAAGAAGGCCAAGGUGGCAGUUCUCGGAUGAAGCUCUCGAUCCCAAUUAAACUCGGUACUGUUCUGGUUUGACCGGUCUUUGGCGUUUUAAUUCUCGUCGUACUCGGCGGUUCGCCAGUUUGCCUAGCUAACAUACAUACUCUGCCGCGUGCACUCCUCGGCGAUUGGCAGCGCAUGCAUUACUUACAUGUUCACAUCGAAUCGAUACGCACCCCGAACUCUAUAUCGAAAUUGUAGAAAAUGCCUGUAACAUCC